CUUCCAUCUUCCUGGGCUUGAUAAACCCAAGUCACAUUCCUGGGCCACCUCUAGAGCUGAGACGCCUGCACAGGGACCGCUCCAGGAUCGACUGUGCCAGUACCCGAGAUCACAGAGGAUGCGCCUGGCCGACCACCUGCUCCUCCUCCUUGUUGGACUCCUGGCCUUUUCUCACGAUGGCCAAGGUCAUGCCGAUGAGCACCAACAGGAGGAUCCAGGCACAGGUGAGAGCUCCCCCAGCCUCGAGGUCGCCCCGAGCAAUACAGACUUUGCCCUCCGCUUCUACCACCUGGUAGCUUCCCAGAGCCCCAAGAGCAAUAUCUUCUUCUCCCCGCUGAGCAUUUCUGCUGCCUACGCCAUGCUGUCCCUGGGGGCCCGCUCAGACACCGGGACCCAGAUCCUCGAGAGCCUGGGCUUCAACCUCACGGAGGUGUCCGAGUCUGCCAUCCACCAGGGCUUCCAGCACCUGCUGAGCACUCUUAGCAUCCCGGACGACAAGCUGGAGACACGUGUGGGCAGCGCCCUGUUCCUGUGCCAGAACCUGCACCUCCUUCCGAGGUUCCUUAAUGACACCCUAGGCUUCUAUGGGUCUAAAGUCUUUCCCGUCGACUGCCUCGACCUCGAAGGCACAGCCCAGCUUAUCAACAACCACGUCAAGGAGGAGACUCGAGGGAAGAUUGACGACUUGGUCAGCAGGCUCAGCAGAGACGUAGUGAUGGUGUUGGUGAAUUACAUUUACUUCAAGGGCCUGUGGGAAAAACCAUUUAGCCGCUCGAAGGACUACACAGAAGAUUUUUACGUGGAUGAGAAAACGGUGGUCAAGGUGCCUAUGAUGUACCAGGACAAGCAUCACCACUGGUACCUUCAUGACAGAUUCGUGCCCUGCUCGGUGCUCAGGAUGGAUUACAAAGGGAACGCCAGGGCCCUUUUCAUCCUUCCGGACAAAGGGAAGGUGGAGCAGGUGGAAGAGGUUUUGACGCCAGAGAUGAUAGCCAGGUGGAACAACGUGCUCCAGAAGAGUUCUUUCUACAGGAAGCUCAAGUUGUACUUCCCCAAGUUCUCCAUUUCUGGCUCCUAUGACUUAGAGGAGAUUUUGCCCAAGCUGGGCAUCAGGGACCUGUUUUCAGGGAGUGCUGACCUGUCCGGCAUCACCACACAGGGAAGCUUGCGGGUGUCCAACAGUUUCCACAAGGCCAUCCUGGAAGUGGAUGAGGCGGGCACCCAGGCUGCCGCAUCCACCACACUCACCACCGCCUUCCUAUCCGUCCCCCGUGACCGCUACCUCCUUCGGUUCAACCGGCCCUUCUUCGUGGUGAUCUUAUCGACCGACACCCAGAGCAUCCUCUUUCUGGGCAAGGUGGUCAACCCCAAGAAACUAUAGCCCUCCCGGAGCCGCUGGUGGCAGGGGCGUGGCCAGGCGCAGCUCCACAUCUAGGCUGGAGGGUGCAGAAGAUGCCAAGAGUCCAGGCAGAAGCUGUUGGGGACAGGAGGGAUGGGGUGGUUGGUACCAGAUGAGUGUGGACUGGACGCUCAGCCCCCCAGGGCUGUGCGACCUCGGGACCACCGUGUAGCCUCUUUGAGGGAGUUUCCACGCCCAAGAGACAGAGAGACACCCUUCCAGGGUGGUGGUGUGAAUUAAAUGAACUGAUGGCUAU